UAGCCUAGUUGUUUUAGGGCAUGUGUGUUUUGUGGUCGUGAAUUUUGCGGCAGUGUACUUUUAAAAUAUAGAAUUCUGUUUGACGGUGAUUGGACUUAGUGAACAGUCAGAUCAUAGAUUUUAGUGACGACUUUGUUUAGAGAUUUUGGAAGAAUUUUAAAUUGGUUUCAAAUGUAUUUCUGGUGUGGUUUGCGAUUCAUUAUUUUUUUUGUUUUUUGAGGCUAGUGAUAAUAACGGUACUGCCGAAUAAUACAGAUCAGGCCAACAUAUUUUAAAAAAUGAAGGGAAGUAAUUUAACCUAGAAUUUACGUGAGGGCUGUUAAUGCAUGCCUACAGCCAGUCUGCUACAAACAAACUCUCAAUACAAGGUGAAACAAAGAUGAUAACGAAAAAAAUUAUUCUCACCCAUAGAAAGCCAGGUUAUCUAACCUGCUAUAACCAGCUAUCUAACCUGUUUGGAACCAAUUUUUUUGUAUACAUUGAUGCUGCUGGACUGGGUUUCUAGUGACUAAGAAGUGCAAGUUAGCAAUGGAACAAAGGCUGUGUAGGAUAUUGUUAGAGCCUAACAUCAGAAACAACAUGAGGAUUGGGUCUCUACAAGAUGAGUAAAUAUAGAAAAAAAGAGCAUCCAUUGUUGACAAGAAGUGAGCCAUAAAGACAGUGAUAUGUAAUGUGAGGGUAUUUCAGGUGGUCGAGUGCCGGACAUUUAGAAUGAGAAUUAUGCUGCUGCAGUUUGAAUCAUCUGUAGUGGUCUGAUAGCACAUACUGACAUAAAGGAGAGAGACUGGUCUGAUUUUCUCAACUUGUGAAGGGGUGGGGGAGAUCUUCUCAGCUGCCGGUGCUGCUUUCACCAAGUUGGGCGAGCUCACCAUGCAGUUACACCCAGUAGCCGACUCCUGCCCUGCUGGAGCCAAGUGGACGGACACUGAAAUCGAGAUGUUGCGGUCAGCCGUGCGGCGCUUUGGUGACGACCUGAACAGUAUCAGCUCGGUCAUCAAGGAGCGCACAGUUGCCCAGAUCAAGACCACAGUGAAACGGAAGCUCUAUGAGGACAGCCGGGUGCCACUUUCAUCGGAUUCUCCGAAAAAGACCACUAAAAAGAGUGCCGUGGCACCAGCCCCAGCCUCACAGGUCAUCACUGUACCUACUUCACAGGUUGUUGUGACUGCCGGAUUGCAGGGCCCAACCUCUGCUCCUCCAGCCAUUAAAAAACAGAAGACAGCAGAUGUUACCCUGAGUGCCCUCAAUGACUCUGAUGUAAACAGCGACCUGGUCGAUAUUGAAGGGCUGGGUGAAGGCUCCACUACCAAAAAGCUCAACUUUGAUCAAGAGAGCCUCAAUCUGGACUCCAGCCUCAUCAUGAACUCCAGCGACCUACCCCUCCUCUCACGCUGACCAUGGGUCUAUCAUCAGAUGUAACCAUGACAGUGGAGAGCUUCGUGAUGUUUUUUGUAGUUAUUCAUUUGUCCUUUUCUUUUAAAAAAAGACAUUAUCAAAGGAAAACGGGAAAUGCCAUUUCUCUUCAGAAGCAAUAUUAUUUUAGAUUUUUAGAUCUUCAGGCAGAUCCAGCAUAGAUUUCUGCCCGCAUUGUUAAUGGUGUUUGAUCCUGUUAAGACCAGACUUCUGUAAGCAAGAAACCUGAGGUUUCUGGGGUAGAAAAGCAGUAGAUGGAUCUGUUUUCCCAUACGAGUGCCAAAUUGUAGGAUUUCUGCAAUGGCAUUAUUGGUUUUAAUCAAAUACCUGUAGUUUUUGAUAAUUUUGUGGUAAUUCACUUCUGGAUCACAACCUGUGGGGAACACUGAGACUGCUGUGAUCUUUAACAACACAUCGCAGCAGUUGUCUUAAGUGCUGUUGUUUUUAUAAGUAAAACCAAGGGAUCUCAGUUCACGCCCUUAUGUGGGGGAGGGUUUCCUUCGGGUAGAUUUCUUAUAUUUGUACUCCAGAGUUUAUAUUACGGUAAUAUACUGUUUCGAUGUCUAGCUUUAAUGGUUGGCUAUAUUUAGGUGGAGAGAACUGGGGAUUUGAUAUCUAUCAGGUGAACCUACAGAACAGAUUUAUUGUGGAGAUGUGAAAAAUUUUCUUUGCAUAUAUUUUUGUUCCAUAGGAUUUUAGCAUGAGUGUAUGUGAAAUGGUUUAUUAGCAUUUUUUAAAUGAAUACGUUAAUCCUUCACAUUCCUAUUCUGCAAAUAAAAACUAUGAAAAACUGUGUGCUAAACAGAAAUUGCCUGGCUCUUGUUUUUCAGAGUAUACUCCAGUGUGCAGCUUGUGUCUUAGUUGUAUAAAAAUCUUUCAUAUGUAAAGUUUAUACAUUUAUUUGCAAGUUGUGCAUGGUUAUGUUGAGCAUAGUGCUCCUUUUUGGUUUUCUGCGCACCUUUACAAGCAUUAAGUGUUUCAUAGUUUGUUCAUGUUUCUCAUAAUGUAAUAGGGAAAAACCCUCAGCUCCCAGAGAAGCUUGUAGUAUUCAAGACUUGAAGUUGCAUCAUUGAAUACAACAAAUAGUUUUGUAAAGCUGAAUAACUUGGAUGCGUUUUUGUUCACCAUGUUUAUAUUAAAUACCUGCUAGCUUGACAUGCUUGCAUCAAGCUGUGCCUCCAUAACAUCACACAAUGCUUCUUAAAAGUUGCAUUUAAACCUUCACAGCUUGCCCACUGCAUCCCUGAAAAGUGCACCAACUGUGAAAAGAAAGUGAGAUAUAGUUCCCAGAAUGCUUCAGGAUAUAAACUGUGUAGGUUGUAAUAAAGUAACAUUUUGUAAAA